GAUCUGAAACCUUACCUCUGAUUUUCAGUAUCUUUCCACCCAUAAUCUUGGAAGACAAACGCUUAAGGAAACCGAUGCUAUUAAUUAUGGAAAGUCUCGUAUUCGGAAAGAUUUAAUCUUACAAUAUAGGAAAGAUUUAACGAUGUCUUACAAUAUAAGUUUUAGGGUUUUCUUCUCCUUCUCCUUCUUUUCAUCAAGCUUCCUUUCAAUGGCUAACACAAACCAACCCGUCCGGGCUUGCGUAAUAAAAGUGGAUUUAAAGUGUUGUUCCGGUUGCCUAAACAGAGCAAAAACAAAGCUACAGAGUCUCCCCGGCGUGACCGCAGCGGAGUAUAACUUUAAAAAAGGGCUCAUGACAGUCACAGGCGACGUCGACCCUAUGACUCUCGUUCAUAAACUUACAAAACCGAACAGAAAAACAGAGCUUGUGUCUGUAAGUUACAUGCAUGAUGAUGAUGAUGAAGAAGAAGAUGAUGAGGAUGAGGAUGAGGAUGAAGACGACACUUCUUCUUCUGAUGACACUAGUUCAAAUCCUGAUCCUAGACCCAUGGAACGUGCACCCCAAGUGCCCACUAUAAAGAAGAAAGAAGGGAUGGUGAGAAAGUAUCUUCUGUUAGGGUGUUUACGCAGCAAACCAAAGGUUGUUCAGCCUUUCCCAUUGGCAAAGCAAAUUUUCGGCUCAACAAGGUUUGGGAAUGGUGGUUCUGAUCAUGGCGGCGGCGGCGGCUAUGGCAAUGCUAGGCGACCUCCAGCUCCGUUUCAUGGACCAAUGAAUCUACAACAACAAUAUCAUAUGAUGAUGCAACCACGACUACCUCCACCACAAUUUCAGAUGAAUGGAGCACCGCCAAUGCAUAUGAUCCAGUCAGGUCCACCACAAAAUAUACCAUAUCAUUGGCAAAUAGAUCCACAAUACAAAGCUAUGUUCCCACAGCCACAGCCACAGCCACUGAAACCUGAUCCGAAAAUGUUGGUCAACAAUGCUAUACAUUACUCCAACAAGUGACUUAUAGCCCACCUAAGGCUGCUACUACUACUUGUUCGGUUGAUUGUGUACUUAGACGUUAUUAUAAUACUAAGCAAACGAAUGUGUUAUUUUAGUGGACUUGUUCUUCUUUUUUGCCGAUUGCAGGCACGGAACAUUUCCCAAAGUCUUAGGCCAAACCUUCUAGCAAAAAGAAUUUUUAAUAUAAUAAGAAUCUGUCUGAUUCAUAACAAAACUGUAGAAACAUAAAAUUAUGUAUGUGUCUUAUUGCUAGACAGUAGACUCUAUAGCUCUAGUUUAGUUUCUCUCCGAGGAUACUUUGUCUUGAGAUUUGUUUGUAGUGCAUAAUUUUAUAAUCCCCCUCCUCCCCUUUGGUGGCUAUUUUCAUGUUCGCCCUCCAAUACUUUCAAGUAUCUGCCAGAGAAGCUCUCUUCACACCCAUCAUCCAGAGGUGGGAACCCGCUUACACAGUGAUCAAGCUGUGGGGAUUUCUCCUUUGUUGAUGAUAAAGCAAAAGGAUUUAUUACAGAGUUUAGUUCUUAUUACUAGAAUAGAAGGCACAGGCAGGAAGGAACAGUGGGGUUCUGUUGAAAUGUCACAGGGUUUCCAAGCAUAUUCCUGUAAUUAUAUUAACUAAAAUGCAAACAUUAAGUGUUGUUGAAAUGUAAAAGAUGAAUCCAAAAGUAGUAGAAAACACCAUUAGGGAUUAGCCGGAAAAAUAAGGAGGGAAUAGGUACGUACACCAAUGGCUGUGCACUGCCGGCCGAUACACAAUGAGAGAGACUCAUCACGAAGAAAAGCAAAAACACCUUUAAGAAGAGAGAGAGAGAGAGAGAGAGAGGUUCGUAUAAUAUCGCAACUGAAGCGAACAAGAAGAAACAACCAACAAAUUAACCAAACCUUUACGUCUAACG